UUGUAAUCCAGCUCCUCUCCUGGAAACUCCAAGGACAUUGGUCAGCACCUGGGAACAGCAGAGCUGAGUGACUGAGCCUCUCAGCAUCUCCUACUCCAGCUGCUGAAAUGGAAGAAAAUGCCAAUACCAGCUUGGAAGAAGACUUUGAAGGACAGGCAACUCACACAGGGCCCAAAGGUGUGAUCAAUGACUGGAGGAAGUUCAAAUUAGAGAGUGAAGAUGGAGACUCCUUACCCCUGAGUAAGAAAGAAAUGCUUAGACAAAUGUCUUCACCACACAGGUCUUUCAGCAGAGAUGACAAAGACACCAGAGAGAGAUUCUGCCGUAAGAUGAGCAUGCAGGAGUACGAGCUGAUCCACACGGCGCAGGAGGACGAGAGCUGCCUGCAGCAGUACCGCAAGCGCUGCAUGCAGGACAUGCACCAGCGCCUCAGCUUCGGGCCCAAGUUCGGCUUCGUGUGUGAGCUGCAGAACGGGGAACAGUUCCUGGAGGCCGUGGAGAAGGAGCACAAAACCACCACGGUCAUAGUGCACAUUUACGAGGACGGCGUCAAGGGCUGUGAGGCCCUCAACAGCAGCCUGGCCUGCCUGGCGGCCGAGUACCCCACCGUCAAGUUCUGCAAGAUCAAGGCCUCCAGCACGGGCGCCGGCGAUCGCUUCUCCAGCGAGGUGCUCCCCUCCCUGCUGGUCUACAAGGCUGGGGAGCUCCUGAGCAAUUUCAUUAGUGUUUCUGAACAGUUUGGUGAGGAGUUUUUUGCUGUGGAUGUGGAGGCUUUCCUAAAUGAGUAUGGGCUGCUACCUGAGAGGGAGCUUCCGGCGCUGGGAAAUGGCACAGAUGAGCCAGAUGUUGAAUAA